AAGCAGCGUUUGUAGAACGUCCGCAUGAUGACAGGAGCAAACAAGAGAGAGAGAACAUGCAGCAUUCCCAUCUCUUCUUCACCAGUGAAGGACGUAGCGGCAGCUGGGCCACAUCUCUUCUUCACCACUGAAGGACGUAGCGGCAGCUGGGCCACAUUGCUGCCUUCUACUGUUUUCUACCUUUUGUGUUCUGGUCGGCUCUCUCUCUCACUCUUGUUUCGCGCACCCACCCCAGUCCCACCCCUCCUCUUAGCAUCUCAAAAGACCACUGAGAGAGAAUCGAUGGCGCAGAGGCCCGCCUUGCUGACAGGACAAUAAAACCACAAAAGAAGAAAAGGGACCUGCCUUAGUCCGCUCCGUUGUGAGAUCCAGGGAUGCCCCGUCAGUCCGAGGACCUUCCCCACAGUCCUGCCUCCUCAACUGGGCACCGCUUUGCUGCCAGCCUCUAAUCCCCUGGAGCUUCUGAAUCCUCAAACCCAAGGCAGAGGUUCCCAUGAGGCCCCCCAGGAGAACUCAGCGUGACACCUCUGUAUGGGGCCUCCAGCAUAUGAAGUGCUGAAGAUGCAUCUAGAACGAGAGAGAGAACUAUGUGAUGUGACUUUCUCGUCCUCGUCCUCCUCUUCUCCUUCAGUUGACAUGGAGAAUGAAGACGGAACCUGUCUGCUUGAUGUUUUGUGUGAUCCCCAAGCCUUAAAUAACUUCCUUCAUGGAACAAACGAGCUGCAGAAUGAUGACCUGCUCAUUACCUGUUCCUCUGGAGAGCCCUCCUCCCUCUUCACUGACACCCCGAGCCCAAUGUCUCUGUUGUCAGAUGACAUUACCCCCCCUGCAGAAUGCGUUGACCUGUCCUUCCUGGAAGAGGCUCUACUGGGGGGUUCCCCCGAGGGAGGGGGGGAGAGAAGAGGGGAGGGAGAGGAAGUGCAGGAGGAAGAGGAAGUACCGCCCUGUGACAUUCUCCAGCAGAGUCUUCAGGAGGCUGACAUCACAGAGCACACUAUGGCUCAGGAGGCGGGGCUCGUCCAAACAGGGCCUGGGGAGGGCCACACCCUGUCUCUCUACACACCUGGCCCCCCACUCCUCCUCCCUCCUGCUGCAGUGCCGUUCCUCUCCAAAACCCUAGCCUUCCCUCACCCCCACCCUGGUCCCCCCACCCCGCAACACAGGGACACCCAGGCUGCGGUGGAGCCUCCCCAACCAUCCCUGCUGGCCGUGGGACCAGGCUGCCCCUCCCUGAAGCCUGCUGCUCCCCAGCUGAUGGGCCUCCUCCCUGGGAACAUCUUCCCUGCACCCCCGCCAGAGACUUCCUUCUCCCUGACCCCUGCACAGGCCUCCAACACCUCCUUUUCCCUCAUCCAGAAGGCAGUUCCUAGCCUGACAGGGCGCCCCCUACUGGCCCCAACCCUCAGAGCAGCUGCAGCCCCCGGGAUCUUUCUCCAGAGAGGACCCCUGCCCAUCCAGCCCAAGCUGCCUAUCAGCAUCCAACCCCGACUCGUUCAGAUCAGCCCUAAGCCUCCGGGCCCUGGUGGGCCUGGUCAGAAACCCUCUCCAGGUCUCACCUUCCUCCCUGGGACGCCCUCGUCAAACAUCCUCCUGUCCCCCCCUCCUCCCCAGCCCAAGCCUGCCCAACACCUCACCAAGCCCCAUCCCCAGCCUGCCCAACACCUCACUGCCCCCCACCUCACCAAGCCCCAGCCCGUCAGCCUGCAGCUGGUCAACCAGGGAGGAGGCUCCUUCCUGAUCCAGCCUCAAGGUCUCUUCCAUGGCCAGAAUCAGUUCCUUCUGCCUGGCCAAUCCCCUGUCACUCUGUCCCAGCUCCCUGGCCAAUCCCCUGUCACCCUGUCCCAGCUCCCUGGCCAAUCCCCUGUCACCCUGUCCCAGCUCCCUGGCCAAUCCCCUGUCACCCUGUCCCAGCUCCCUGGCCAAUCCCCUGUCACCCUGUCCCAGCUUCCUGGCCAAUCACCUGUCACCCUGUCCCAGCUUCCUGGCGGUUCCGCGCGGCCCCUGUUCACCUCUGGCCACCAGGGAGCAACAGUCCAGUCUGUCCAGGGUAUGACACCCUCCAUGGGCCACCACCUGGUAGAUGGCUCCCAGAUCCUGACGGCCGUGCCCCACCACAGACAGCUCAACUUCAGCCCCCACACAGUCUUCAGCACCACAUCAACAGGCCAGCUCUCCCUCCGCCAGGGAACCCUGCUCUCUGGCUCCCUGCAGCUACAGUCAGGGUCGCCUACUGUCUUCCAGAUGCCAGCCCAGUUGGCGGGUGCCUACAAUCCCCAGGGGUCCCAGGGGCAGGGGGGUCCAGGCCAGCAUGCCACCCUGCUCCACAGCCCUGCUCUAGGGAGCCACAUCACCCUGAUGCACUCUGGGAUGCAGCUCACCUCAACCCACCCAGACAGUCACAUGACCUCGAUAUCCAUCCUCAACACCACCCCUCCUGCUGUAGUACAGGGCCUGCCCUUCACCCCCCAGACCUCCAGACCCCUAGGGGGCGUUAAAGAUGGACAGAUCAGUGUUCAGCAGGCGUCUGUAGUGUUGCUGCCUGACAGAGCUGGCCAUGAGGAGAGGAGGGAGCAAGCGGCGUCCCCACACCUGCCUCAGUCGACAAGGCACCUUUUCCAGCAGCAUGCCUCUCUCCAACCCACCACCGCCAGUCUCCAGUCCACUUCUCCCCCUGUAAUGGCCCUCCUACAGACCCCGCUGGAGGCCCCACAGGCCCUGGACCCACCUGGUAUGCUACCCAAAUACCUGCUAGACCAAGUUGGGACGUUACACAAACACCUGCUGGACCCAGUUGGGACGUUACCCAAACACCUGCUGGACCCAGUUGGGACGUUACCCAAACACUUGCUGGACCCAGUUGGGACGUUACCCAAACACCUGCUGGACCCAGCUGGGACAUUACCCAAACACCUGCUGGACCCAGUUGGGACGUUGCCUAAACACCUGCUGGACCCAGUUGGGACGUUGCCUAAACACUUGCGGGACCAGACGGAGACAGGGACAAAACCAAGGGUGGAGAAGGUUCACAGCCCCACCCAGGCCUUCAUCCAUCAUCUACAACAGCAAGCACUUACCCCUCCCAAUCCCUCCCCAUCACCUGAGGGCCUGGCUGGGACUGUGUCAGUGGAGGAUCACACUGUCUCCGCUGUGGCCAGUGAGAUGGAGGAGGCCCCUCCACCCAUCCAGCCAGCAGUUCUAGGACAUGCAGGAGCCCAGUCUGCGAUGCCCCUCAGCCCUUGUGUGUUGGUGGCCUAUCCAGCUUCACUACACCCAGAGACAAAGGAGACUACCCUGCUAUGCCACUCUCCUACCCUGCUAUGCCAAUCUCCUACCCUGCUAUGCCACUCUCCUACCCUGCUAUGCCAAUCUCCAUCUGAGCAGGGUUUAGGGACCACACCCCCGGCUGGGCAGGGCUUAUGGACCACACCCCCGAAUGGGCAGGGCUUAUGGACCACACCCCCGAAUGGGCAGGGCCUAAUGAGCACCCCCCCGAAUGGGCAGGGCUUAGUGAGAACACUCCGGAAUGGGCAGGGCUUAGUGAGCACACCCUUUACUAGGCAGGGCUUAGGGUCCACACCACAACAAGACAGUUUAUCUUCCCCACCAAGUGGGGCCACCUCCCUGGGACUGGCUGGGUCUGGAUCUGGGUCUGGAAGUGCCGUCCCUCAAACCCAGGCUGCAGUGUUCAGAAGCCCCUCCCCUCUGCCUGUCAGCACCUCCCCCCAGCUCCAGACUGCAAUGUUCAGAAGCCCCUCCCCUCUGCCUGUCAGCACCUCCCCCCAGCUCCAGACUGCAGUGUUCAGACUCGCCUCCCCCCAGCUCCAGACUGCAGUGUUCAGCAAUCCCAGCCCCUCUCCUCUACCUGUCUGUGUGCCUCAGCAGCAGCUUGACCCCCUCCUAGCGCAGCCUGACCACCUCCUAGCGCAGCCUGACCCCCUCCUAGCGCAGCCUGACCACCUCCUAGCGCAGCCUGACCACCUCCUGGCGCAGCCUGACCACCUCCUAGCGCAGCCUGACCCCGUCCUAGCGCAGCCUGAACCCGUCCUAGCGCAGCCUGACCCCGUCCUAGCGCAGCCUGACCCCGUCCUAGCGCAGCCUGACCCCGUCCUAGUGCAGCCUGACCCCCUCCUAGUGCAGCCUGACCCCCUCCUAGUGCAGCCUGACCCCCUCCUAGCGCAGCCUGACCCCCUCCUAGCACAGCCUGACCCCCUCCUAGUGACUCCCAGCUCCCAUGGAGAUCAGGCUAACCAGCAACACACAAAGCAAAGCAACCCCAGUGGCCACCAGGCCCCCACACAGUCCAGGGGCCCAACACAGUUCGGUGGCUCCACACUGUCCCGGAGCCCCAGUACGACCAGGGGCCCCAAUCCCAUAGAGAUCAGGACCAGUGGCUCAGAGCAGUUCAGACAGCCCAACAGUCAAAGACAAAGGCUCCAGCAGCAGCUGUGUCAGGACCAGAGACCGGUCCAGAGUCCUUACAUCUGUUCUCCCUUCUCCUCAUUGGGGGAGGCUGUGACACACCUGUUACCAUACCACACCUGUGCCGGACACCUGCCUAGUCAGGACGACUUCAACUUAGUGGACAAGCAGUUUGACACUGUGUCAGGGUUCCUACUGAAACGCACCAAGGACAUGCUCAACAAAUACAGACAGCUACUGCUCGGGGAGGCACUGCAAGUGAUACCGUCGGCAGAGAUGGUGAUGCUGGAUCGUCUGUUCCUCCAAUCAGAGAGGUUUUCCCUGGGGGAGGACCGACACAGGGCCCGUAGAGACCCAGAGUCCUUCCUGAUGACCCUGCAUGCAUCUGAGUCCUCCAGCUCCGCGUCAUCCCGUGUGGGGCUGGAUCGGUCUGGCAGCCUCCCCUCUCCCCCAGCUUGGACCAGACUCUCCGACCGACCCCCGGGACUCAGGACCUACCACUCCACCAGCCGCGGAGGCCUUAGGCUCACCAUCAAACACAAGGCUGGAUCCAGGAUGGUGGUUCACAACUCAGCCUGUGACACCGUGCACGAUACUGCCCCCUCUGGUCACAAGCGGUACUACAACGGCCAACUGAUCAAUGGGAGUGUUGAUCUGACUGAGCAGGGCUCCUCCCAUAGGACCUCCUGCCAUCCAAUCGAUGAGGAGAUGUCGAACGGAGCCCUGCCCUCCAAAGUAGUAGAGGACAUCCCACAUGGUCACCAUAGUGACAGCAGGGAAUCUGUUGCACAGAUUCAGACAGCAGCACAGGGUUCACAAUAUACAAGUUCCCCAAACUCCCUUACUAUGCCGAGCUUAGACCCACAGACUGCCUGUCUAGAGCCUCCCCCUUCAGACCCUGGAGAGAUGAGUAACCCCAAACUGAAACGCUUCAGGCCCACGCUUCCGGACCUCCCAUUCCAGGCGGACAGGCACAGCGACAGGCCCCAGCCUUUUCCACAGACCAGCUACAGGCCCCCGCCUUUUCCACAGACCAGCUACAGGCCCCAGCCUUUCCCCCAGACCAGCUACAGGCCCCCGCCUUUUCCACAGACCAGCUACAGACCCCAGCCUUUCCCCCAGACCAGCGACAGACCCCAGCCUCUUCCCCAGACCAGCUAUAGGCCCCUGCCUCUUUCCCAGACCAGCUAUAGGCCCCGGUCUCUUUCCCAGACCAGAGACAGACACCAGCCUCUUUCUCAAACUAGCUACAGGCCCCAGUCUCUUUCCCAGACCAGCAACAGACCCCAGCCUCUUCCCCAGACCAGCGACAGGCCCCAGCCUCUUCCCCAGACCAGCGACAGGCCCCAGCCUCUUCCCCAGACCAGCGACAGGCCCCAGCCUCUUCCCCAGACCAGCGACAGGCCCCAGCCUCUUCCCCAGACCAGCGACAGGCCCCAGCCUCUUCCCCAGACCAGCGACAGGCCCGAGGCUAGUCCUAGCCCCCAACCCCCCCUGCCAGAGGACAACACCCUCAGUGAACAUCUGCAGAGUGCCAUCGACAGCAUCCUGGAGCUGCAGCGCCUGCAGGGUCCUACGGCUGCAGCCCAGCCCCGGAUCCAGGGGGCGUGCCCGGUUGCAGGCCCCGCCUCCCUACUGGACCAGGCCAUCACUAGCAUCCUACAAGGAAACCUCUAG